AUGGGCUCGGAGAAGGACUCGGAGUCGUCGCACUCCUCCCUGAGCGGCGUGGCCAACCCAAAGUGCCGACCGGCCGGAAAGCGCCGACGCCGCCUCUCCUUGCAGAGCCUCUUCCGCGGCAAGCGGGGGUCCCGGGCGGCCAGGGGCCCCAAAGGGGGGGCCGCCGCCCCGCUGUCCCACCUUCCCCGCACGCCGUCGACUGCCUCGAGCGCGCCCGCCCCUGCGCCGCUCGCGCCGGCGGCCGUCGCCGCCCCCGCGGACGCCGUCGCCGAGGACGCCUCCGGGCGGACCUCCCCGGGCGGCGAGGCUCCGUCGGGGGACCCCGAGCUCCUGGAGUGUCCCCUGUGCCUGGUGCGCCAGCCGUCCGAGCGGCUGCCCGAGCUGCUGGGUUGCGGGCACCGCUCUUGCCUGUGCUGCCUGCGCCAGUACCUGCGGAUCGAGAUCACCGAGAGCCGCGUGCAGCUCAGCUGCCCCGAGUGCGCCGAGCGCCUGGCGCCCCGGCAGGUGGCCGCCAUCUUGGACGACGCCACCCUGCUGGACAAGUACGAGGAGUUCCUGCUGCGCCGCUGCCUGGCCGCCGACCCCGACUGCAGGUGGUGCCCGGCGCCCGAUUGCGGGUUCGCCGUCAUCGCCUCGGGCUGCGCCAGCUGCCCCCGGCUGGCGUGCCGGCGCGAGGGCUGCGGCGCCGAGUUCUGCUACCACUGCAAGCAGGCGUGGCACCCGAACCAGACGUGCGACUCGGCCCGCCAGCAGCGGGCGCAGUCGCUGCACGCGCACGCCACCCGCUCGCCCAGCUCCGCGCAGGACCAGGGACCCGCGGACGACAUCAAGCCGUGCCCGCGCUGCGGCGCCUACAUCAUCAAGAUGAACGACGGCAGCUGCAACCACAUGACGUGCGCCGUGUGCGGCUGCGAGUUCUGCUGGCUGUGCAUGAAGGAGAUCUCCGACCUGCACUACCUCAGCCCGUCCGGCUGCACCUUCUGGGGCAAGAAGCCGUGGAGCAGGAAGAAGAAGAUCCUCUGGCAGCUGGGCACGCUCGUCGGCGCCCCCGUGGGCAUCACGCUCAUCGCCGGCAUCGCCGUCCCCGCCAUGCUCAUCGGGAUCCCCGUUUACGUCGGCCGCAAGAUCCACGCGCACUACGAGCUGAAGAAGGCGCCCCGCCGGCGCAGGAACUUGGCCAUCGCGGGCGGCGUGGCCCUGUCCGUCCUGACCGCGCCCGUCAUCGCCGCCGUCAGCGUGGGCAUCGGUGUGCCCAUCAUGCUGGCGUACGUGUACGGCGUGGUGCCCGUCUCGCUGUGCCGAGGCGGCGGCUGCGGCGUCAGCAGAGGCGAAGGCCGCGGGGUGCGCAUCGACUUCGACGAGGACGACGGACCCGUCACAGUGGCGGACGCGUGGCGAGCUCUCAAGUCGCCGAGCCUGGGCGAGAGCAGCCUGGACGGCGCCGUGAGCGGCCUGAGCAACACCUCCCCCAGCGAGGGCCUCUCGCUGGCGCCGGGGACCGCCGCGGACCCGCCCCGCUUCAACACCCUGGCCGGCGGCGCCCUGGGGGCCCGGGCCAGCAAAUACGGCAGGCCGGAGGUCCGGGCGGGGGAGCCCCCCCGGGAGGAGACGGGCGGCGACGGCGACGGCUCCGGCGCGUGCGGCACGGCGGGCUCCGUCGUCUCGGCCUACGCCAUGCCUGACAGGGAGUGCACCAACCUGGAAAUCCAAGUAGACAUCGAGACCAAACCCAGCCACCUCUGCCUGACCAGCGAGGAGGAGGACCUGGCGCCGGCCGGGAGCGCCUCGGGCAGGGAGGAGCCCCUGGACUGCAGCUCCAGACGGGGCGGCGCCCCGGUCGACGUCACGCUGGCCCGGCCCGAGAGCAUCCGCAGCGACCUGGAGACGUCCGACACGCAGUCGGACGACAUCGCCGAGCUGACGUCCGACGACUGCGACUCGGCGCCGCCCGCCCGGGCCGCCUCCUGCCGCGCCCUGAGCGCCCCCGCCGAAGGCCUCGCCGCCAACGUCGUCCCGUACGUGUGAGACGCCGGCCCUUUCGGUGCGGAGGCCGCGCCCUCCCGUGUCCGGCGGGCGGCGCGCUCCUUCUCCUCGCGUGUGACACGAGUAAAACUUGGAAUGUUUUUCAACCACACCUUACUAGGAAACAACUGUGCUGCACUAAAAACCCUCCGAGGCCGAACUAGCGGCCGCGUGUCGCGCGCGCUAGUAGCCUCUCUUUCAAGGGUAUCCUUGAUCCACUCUCUGUCCUCACCAAUAAGAGAAGCCCGUGCGCUACUGAAGUGACUUGGCCGCACUAGUACAAUGGUUGUCUUUCUACUGGUGCCACUUUUCAUCUACUAGUGCUAAAUGAAACCUCAGUAGUAGCUUCCUUAUCAAGGAUAUCUUUGAUUCAGCUCAGCGUCCGUGUACUAGUACGCGCUUUUGUCCUCACUAGUAAAACAAUUCACCACAGUUGUCGAACGACUCUCUUACCGUACCGUAACAUUUUUUUCAACUAUCAACUCAUAUUGCCAGUUUCGGUCGACGAGUGCAGAGUUAAACUUUGCUAGUAUUCUACGGCACUACACGAGUAAGACUUCUGGGCCCAACUUGUAGGCGCAGGUCUCACACAAGUGGCCUCCUGGACCCAAAGAGUCGCCGCAAAAUGUCCACUCGUCGUUUUGGGUUCAAAUCCCACGUUGUCCUUCCUACUCGUGCGCUUGUGGGAGAGCCUGGCGCACGUAGCGGGAAUCGGUCAGCAACUGAUGCCCCCUGAAAGAUUUGUAAACAUCCUGUAGAUUCCACAAGAUGGCGGCAAUGUGUACUCUACGACUUUUGUCCGAGUGAAACUCCUCACCUCACUUCAUGCGUCUUUCCACCUCCGAUACGGCUCCAAAUCGCUUCCAAAACCAAAUUGGAAGAUGCGCGAGCCUGGGAGACUUUAGGAGUCAGAUGGUGCUAUUCCGUUGAACGGCGUGACUAGCGAAGACGGCAGCGUGUACUAGUGUGCGGAGCGCACGGAGGCCAGCAGAUAAAAUGCUCAAACGGCUUCCGAGCAGCAGCGGCAGCUCUCAGGAACGCGCGGCCCACGUUCGCACUUUUAUUUUAUUUUUUUUUUUUUUGGCCUCCCGCUGACAAUCUUCUCGUUGUCAAGAGUUCUACCUCUCUGAGAUUUUCACGACGAGUGUGUUUACUCCCGCGGCGGCACGUCAAGCAACGACUGCGGCUCCGUUUUCAUUUGAGCCGCUCGGCCUCGUGGGGCCUUUUCCGAGCGCAACCCGUGCGCAGGAGAAAGUCGACACUCGCGGGGCCAAAACAAGACGACAACGCGCUGGUGCCUUAAGAUGAAAGCAGCCGGCGUCGGCCUCGAACUCGCGGCGACGCAUCACGUGCGGUCGCCUUCUCGGAACAUUUGCGUGUAUUUCCUUGCGGGCGGCGAUUGGAGUUCGGCGCCCGCUCGCGGAAUGAAUUGAGCUCCUAUCUCGAGGCACCGCUGCGUUCGUUUCUCUUGACGGCGACGACCCGAAACAAAAAAAAAAACUUCCGAUUUUGGGGGAAGUUUGUCCACGCGGCGACUUUGCAUGUGUGAGCGCGUCCGUCGUCUUGUGUGUUUUUGAAGGUGCACUUUACCCCAAAGCGAGCUUUCAUUUUUUGUUUAGUUUUCUUUUGUUUUGGGCUACUCGUCGUCGUCGUCGUCGUGUACUUGACACCCGGUUUUCCUCCCCCACGGCCCUUGUGGGGAUAAGCGGCUUGGAAUGUGGACAUGCACCAUUUUAAAACAAUUUCCAUUUCUGUCAACACAGCCCAAGGUUAAAAAAAAAAACUUGAGAGCACAAUUCACACACCUUUCGCGUCUCGCUGAAAUUAGCCCUGCUCGUCGGCACCCUGUGGUCACCGUGACAACCGGUGGGUGAAGCGAACCGAAUGAUGAAAAAGAAAAAGUAUUUUCACUCUUAGAUGCAGCACUUCAUACACUAAAGUGUGUGUAUGUGGCGCUCUCACCAAACUUGGUGUGUGAGUGUGGCGGGGGGAGGGGCUAAUUCUGCAAAGGAAGGUAACUGCGAUAUCAUAAUUUCCUGAUCCAUCUUCAGAUUUAGGACUUUUCCCGAGUUAGCUUGUUUAUUUUAUCCGUUGCGGGACACGGAAAAAGGAUUUGUCUCCUUGAAGUUUCCACACACGACAAAUCUCACACCGGGAUGCCUUUUGCGUUGUACGUGGCUCAAGCGUGAGCCCGCAAACCUUUUUGUUAGGGUUCUUUUUUUUUUUUGCAAUUCAUCGAUAUCUUGGAAUCCUUGAAAUUGUGCUUCAGGACGCCAACAGCGGCAGUCGUCUUAAUGUUUCUCACGGGCCUCCUGAGCGGUUUGUCAGCUUUGCGUUAGCGCCGGCAUGUUGUCGUGUCUUCUUUCUUUCUUUCUUUCUUUCUUUCUUUCUUUCUUUCUUUGGGCCUUUUGCCGCUGCAGCGUUCGCACGUGUUCCGCCUGCGUGUGACAAAGCACUCGAAUGUACCGCGGGGCCCGGGCCGAGCGUCCGCCGGACCGAUUUGGAUGAAAAGAAUUUAGAUUUAGCAAUAUUUUUGAGUGUACUUGCUGUGGGUGUCAAAAGUCUCGCCCUGGGGUGAGGGAGGAGGCACAUGCAAGACUGUGAAUGACAUUUUGUUUGGUUUUUUUGUUUUUGUUUUGUG